AGCCACGCGAGCCUGGCAGCAUUUGCAAACGGUCCAAUCGCUAAUCUUAUAGCCUUGCAGCCUUAGCAGCCCAAAUGACCCAGCGAGCCUCGCCCAAAAGUCCGUGUGCACCACCAACUGCGAGAUCGACCGGUCAAGGCUUGUGUGACAGAAAUUCCAAGAAUGGUAUGACCGUCAAUUCUGACAGUCAUGACGUAACCAAUCAAGGCCCGAAUGUCCAUGCGUCGACACGAAUAUGAGGUCGAGUUGUUAUACUUCCGCCGUAAAGCGCGAUAAUCUCUUCUGUUCCACAGGUCUUUAAUGUCAAGGUGUCAUCUGAUAGCUUCAAAGACUGUCCUGCUAAAAACACGCAAACCGUUUACCACUUCUUCUUUCAAAAUGGUCAAAAGCGACGAGGAUGUCACCAAAGACUUCAACAACACGGUCAACAUGACCGCCGAUGAGCUGGAGAAGUGGUUGAAAGGAGGAGACUCCCAAACGUCGGGGUGGUCCAAGAAUGACGGUUCUGGUGAGAGUAUUGGUCAUGAGAGUGGACGGAAGAUCAUUGAGAUCUUGAAAAAGAAUCCAAAAAAGGACCCGUCCAAGUAUGAUGGAGACGACUUGCAACAUAUGAGGAGAGUCGCUGCGUACAACAAGCGGCAUCUGGCUCAGGAGGAGAAGGCCAAGGAAGAUACCAGUAGCAACAGCUACAAGUCAUUGAAGAACUGGGGACACGACGCCCAGAAGUCGUAAAGGUUGUGGUUCCUGGAUCGGGAACUUGUCGACCAGAGGUCACUUUCGCUAGUUUGCCGUUGACUU